UUCCAUUUCCCUCUUCGCCGCUUGGGCAGGAGGAUGCGUACACGACUAAUAUUAAUAAUACAAUAUUUACUUUUUGCCGCCCCACGCGGAAAGCAGCACUGGCAGGUUUAUCCCGCGCCGUCCCGCCCCCACUCACUCGAGGCCGCUGUUGUCGAAAGUGCCAUAGCUGAAAAGCAGCUGGCUGUCGCCUGGCGAAAGGGAAGGUGGGGGCCGAGAAGUGAGUGUGGGAAGGAAAGGAGGGGGCAAGCUUGGCUGCGUUUUAAAAAAACAACCAGCGCCGUCCGCCGGCCCGCCAAUCCGGGCGCCGGAAACGGGGGCACGUGACCCUGUCGGCUCCGAGCGUGAGGUGGGUGUUUUGCCAGAGGAGCCGCCGCCGCUGAGGGGGACGAAGGUAGAGCCGCCACCGCCGCUGGGUUUGCCGAGGGAGGGAGAAACCCCGCGCGGAGGCUGUUCUACCCGCACGCGCGGAAAGGGCCUCGGCGGAUGCACAGGCCGCUGGCGCACUCGCUGCUGGCGGCGGCGGCGAAAGAAGACUGCGAGGAGGCUUCUCUCGGGUCCGUCCCUGGCUGAAGCGGCGGCACCGCGGGAGGGGGCCGCUCGCUCGGGACGGGCCUCUCUCUCUCGCGCGCACCUGCCCGGCCCUCCAUCAUCCCUCCCUGCCGGUCCCGAGCGUGUGGCGCCUUUGCUCUCCCUCCUCGGCCCCGCCGGCACCCAAGAACCGGCUCCCUCUUCUCUUCUUCUUCCCCCCUGCAGCCUCGCCGGGUGCGUAUUUGCCUCGGCUCAGGCAGCCCCGCCAGCCCUCCCCUCUUCCCCUUCCUUUCCAAGCCUGCCACCACCAAAGCCCUGAGCCAGAGGAUCAGCAAAGGCCCUUUUACCCCUCAGCAGCCGACGAAGAGCCUUCCUACGACUUUCCAUUACUAAUCACGGUUUAUCUACCCCACCCCCUAGCCCGGAUAUCUUGAUAGGCAUCGCCUUUCCUCCAAAAGCAUAGCGUUUGUUUAUGCCUUUUGCCAUCCCUCCCCUCAGCACAUGCACACCAAAAAAGCGGGCACUCACCUUGUUCCUUUUAAACGCUUGGCAGAGAGUCCCUACUUACCUGUGAGGCAUUAAUUGCUCUCUGGUUCUUACCACGCACACCCAGGCACCCGUUUCUGUAAAAGCGGGCAGCUGUGAGGUUUAUUUCCCUCUGCAGCUCGACACUAGUCCUUUUAGCCCUCUUCUGCCAGCUAUUUCUGUUUGUGCUGCAGGUGUUUUUAGUCUACACGCACAUAAGCCUCCCACACUACUCAGACGGGACUUUUUCCUGUUUCGAUAGCUCUUGCUUUCACAAGGAACCUGUGCAUUUCCUUUCCUGGGCCUCUGGAGCAGACGUUGGCCCCAUUUUGUUUCUUUUCUGUUGGACCUCUUUCUAUUCUGCAGGUGUUAGUUCCAAUCAGUCCUUCUUCAACCAUUAUACUAACACUCCAUUGUUUACCCCUACUGGAUAAAAACGGAACAGGCAAGGGAGCAUUCCACAUUUUCCAGACCAGCAAAAUAUUUCUGUGCCCUGCCAAAUCUUCACAGAAAUUGACCCAAGCCCAGUUAAAGUCGUGCCCUUUUUGUCUUGCUCGCUUUCCUCCAACCCUAAGCAAAGGUUCUAUUUCUUGUCCCAAAAAGGCAGGGGUCCUCCCUGCAUCCUCCUCCAAGUGAUCCCAUUCAUCAUUCAUGGUCUCAUUGCACCAUUGCUGGGAGGAAAGGGUCUGGAGACCUUGGGAGCCUUUUCUUGCCAGGUGAGGGAAGGUGAAAAAGAGACAGGAGGUGACCCCUCAGUAAUGACUCCAUGAGAAGGGAAGAAGGAGAGCUCUCCCUGACAGAAACCUAUCACGCUUGCCUGGCCAUGGAGUGUGUACAAGUCUCCCCCAUGCAGCAGCAGCAAGGGAAAGCUGCUGAGGGGGACCACCUCAUGCUGCUGCUGCCGCCUCCUGCUGUGCAGAAGGAAGAGGAGGGCCUGCUAAGGGCUUCUGAUCCUUGGGUUGUCUCUCGAGUGGACGGCAGUCAAGGUGGGACAAAACUUCAAGAGGCUUUGGACUUUUCAGCACAUCUUCAGAAUACAGAAAACCUCACGCACAGCCCUCCCACGCUAGGGAGCCAUCCCGGCAAAGAAAUGGUGGGCAAUUCUAUUGCAUGUCCUUCAAAGGAGGAUUUGAAAGAUACUGAGCGCUGUGAUCUGGCAGAGGAGCAGUUGCAGCCAUCGGGGAAAGAGACUUUGAGCCAUCCGCUACAGGAAGAGUCGCUGGCAAAUAAGGUGGCCUGUAAUAAUAAUCCUUUGGCCACAGCUACCGGAGAAUGCCUUACGGUUGCUGAAAAAUGUUCUCAACAGAACAACUGUUUGCAGGAAAAAUUGGACUCCUCUCCUCAGAACUGUUGUUUAGGCUUGGAAGCAACAAGUAGAGAGAGUCCAGAAGAUGACCAAACAAGCCAUGGUUCUCUGCCUGCUGAUGAUGGGAAACUGAAGCCUGGUGCAAAACAUGUCACAUUUCCUUCCGAUGAAGACAUUGUUUCUGGGGCUGUGGAACCCAAAGAUCCUUGGCGUCAUGCUCAGAAUGUGACUGUGGAAGAAAUUAUCACCGCCUACAAGCAAGCCUGUCAGAAGUUAAACUGUAAACAGAUACCCAAACUACUGAAGCAGAUCCAGGAAUAUAAAGACUUGACUCCCAGGAUAGAGUGCCUGGAUCUGAAAGGCGAGAAGUUAGACUACAAGGCUUGCGAGGCCCUGGAAGAGAUUUUUAAGCGCCUCCAGUUCAAAAUAGUGGAUUUGGAGCAAACGAACCUAGAUGAAGAUGGUGCCUCGGCGCUGUUUGAUAUGAUUGAAUACUAUGAGUCAGCCACACACCUCAACAUCUCAUUUAACAAACACAUCGGCACACGAGGUUGGCAGGCAGCUGCGCACAUGAUGAGGAAGACAAACUGCCUCCAGUACUUGGAUGCCCGCAACACACCUCUGCUCGAUCACUCGGCACCGUUUGUGGCGCGCGCCUUGCGCAUCAGCAACAGCCUGGCCGUGCUGCACCUGGAGAACGCCAGCCUGUCGGGGCGUCCCCUUAUGUUGCUAGCAACGGCUCUUAAAAUGAACAUGAAUUUGCGGGAGCUUUACCUGGCUGACAACAAGUUGAACAGCCUCCAGGACUCUGCUCAGCUGGGCAACCUCUUGAAGUUCAAUUGCUUCAUACAGAUUCUGGACCUGAGGAACAACCACAUCCUAGACUCAGGCCUGGCGUACAUCUGCGAGGGGCUGAAGGAGCAGCGGAAAGGCCUCGUCACCCUGGUGCUGUGGAACAACCAGCUGACUCACACCGGCAUGGCUUACAUGGGGAUGACGCUGCCUCACACUCAGAGCCUGGAGACCCUGAAUCUGGGACACAACCCCAUCGGCAAUGAAGGUGUCCGCAACCUGAAGAACGGGCUCAUCAGCAACCGCUCAGUGCUGAGGUUGGGCUUGGCGUCGACCAAGCUGACGUGUGAGGGCGCUGUGGCAGUGGCGGAAUUCAUCGCAGAGAGUCCCCGGCUACUUCGGCUGGACCUUCGGGAGAAUGAAAUCAAGACCGGAGGGUUGAUGGCCUUGUCUUUAGCCCUGAAAGUCAAUCACUCGCUGCUCAGGCUGGACCUCGACAGGGAGCCCAAAAAGGAAUCGGUGAAGAGCUUUAUCGAGACGCAGAAGGCCCUCUUGACGGAGAUCCAGAACGGCUGCAAGCGCAACUUUGUCCUUGCCAAAGAGAAGGAGGAGAAGGAGCAGCAGCUCCAGCAGUCCGCCUCCAUGCCCGAAAUCACCAUCACGGAGCCCCUCGAGGAGGGGCCGGUGGAGGACGAGGGGCAGAAUGGCGACAUGGCGCCCACGCCAGAGGAGGGGGAGGAAAUCAGGGAGGCACCGCCCUCCCUGGAGAAUGGGGCGGCCGACAAGGGAGCUGGUGGCGACGACGAGUCCUCAGACUCCGAUUCGGACACAGAGGAAGAAGAGGAUGAGAAGCUGGUGAUGAAGGCUCUCCCGCCGUCGCCUCAGAAGCUCAGCAGCCCUGAUCACGCGGGCGACUUGCCCAAGCCACCUUCCCCCCCAAAGAUCAGCGGUGUCCUUAGCCCCGAAAGCAGGGUGCUGCCCCCCUUGAACACUACGGAAGAAAUAAAAUGUGAAUCUCGAUUGGGACUGGCCAGUGGGCCUCCAGCUCAGGCCAGCUCUCCUGGGAACGAGAGGAGGAUUGCGGUCUCCAGCCCUGGGCGAGGCCACAAAAUAUUUGUCGUUACGCGGGUGGAGAGCCUGCCGGAGAAGGCAGCGCCGGGGGGCGCCGAUAUGCGGCAAGAGGGGAGCUCUCUUCCUCCACAGGCUUCUCCGCCAAAGCCGAGCGACCUUCCAGCCCCUCAGGCUCAGCCAGGAAAGACUGAAUGCUCAGAUGGACAAGAGACUGAGGCUGUUCCCAAGCGGGCAGCUGGCUCAGAAACCUCCCCCUCCACACCAAGCCCUGUUUUGGGGGCAGAAAAGAUGAACUCUGGGCCAUGUGAGAGUGCUGUUCACAGCUCUCUGCUGCCCAACGGACUAAGGAUGGAGUUUGUUCAUGCACUACCAGAUGCUCCCUCAGGGCAUGAUGGGAAAAUGGCCAGUUGCUCUGUAGAACAUGUUCUGGGCCAUUCCGCAUCCAAUGGGGUCUCUUUGGGGAAGCGCCUGCCUAGCUUUACCUCCUCCCUUCACCAUGUGAUUCCGAAAACAACAACACCACCGCCCCCCUGACUGCCACACAGAGGCAACGUGACAAGCGCCGCCCGUCCCGUUCCCCCGAACGGCAUCCAUUUCCAACUGUGACCAUUUCCCCUGCCGCCGCCCCCCCCUUUUCUCAUUCUCGAAGUCUUCCCUCUGAUAAAAGAUGUUCUGUUUGGAGGGGGGGUCGGGAUUCAGGAAACAGAAGAGCUGAGGAGACCUUGACCCAGGAGAAGAGCUUUCUUCAGGGCGAACUCUUGACAUCUUUUGCUGCUUUGGUGUCUCUCCCUGGAACUCUUGCCGGGGGGGAACUCAACAAUGUUUUUGUUUCGUUUUUUUCCUUUUGCAAGGGGAUGCCCCUUGCAAGUGAUUUCACAAGGCAGAGCGGCUGUUUUGCAGACUCGGAUCGUUGGCACCGCCUCUCUCCAGUCUAACUGGGAAACUUUAAAAGGAAAAGGGCGAACACUACAGAUGAACAGGGCCCUGUGUGUUUGCUUUGCGUGUGUCGCGAGCGCCGCAGGUCCCAGUAGGUCCAGUUUUCCACGAAUGCUUGGGGAGGAGCAGGCCUCUCCUGGGUCCCGCUGGCUGAGAGCGCCGUAAUGCUGUAGCUCCCUUGCCAAGCAAGACUAUUGAGGCUGUUUAAUCCGCAGCACAGACUACUAUUUAUUUUUAUUUUCCAGUUUCUCUUUCCCCACCCACCGCCCUCCCUUACUUGCGUCUCCUUGUUUGUUUGUCUUUUCUUCGGUGUCUGUUGAACAGAAUGGGAACAGUUUUUCCUCCCGCCUUUUAACCUCCAACCACCUUAAAAAAAGGAAAAGGAUCUCUGCUUCCUCCCAGUUUGCAGAGUGCACCGAAUCGGGGAAGCCACCAAGAAGCUGCUUUUCCCUGGUGAAGUUGUUUGAAGUAAGCUGAGAGAGAGAGAGAGAGAGAGAGAGAGAGAGCGUGCCCCUGUGUGUGUGUGUGUGAUGCCUUUUUGUGCAUUGAUGGGCAACUAUUGCCCAUUGCCCACCAAUAAGAGGACUGCCGUGGCUUCGACUGAUCCGGGUUCUCCUGUCCUUCAGCAGAGAGAAGGAGGCAAAGUCCUUGCAUCUCUCCUAUCAAGAUUUGUUCUUCUUCAAGCCAUACCAUGCCGGACUUUUGGACGAUGGGGGUGAUACUGUGUAUGGCUUGACUGUUGAAGUAGCGAAUAUUUUAACUGACCGUAAAACUACAUAAAUGGCACGUUUAUGAAGA